CCUCUGCCGCAGAAGCCUCAAAUCCUGCACCGUCAUCCCGAGUUUGCAGGGACAAGGCAUGGCAAGAGGAGGGUUAAAGGUAGCGAGUAGAGAGUCCUAGAGGGGACCUUGAGUAAUAAGAGUCCUAGAGGGGCUUACCCACCUGCGGAAGGCAGUAGUUGAUUUCUUCUGCGAGCCUUUGUGGGGACCUGCUAUGAGAAUAUUAUACAGCAGAAUGCAUAAUGUGUUGAGUUGGCAGGACUGAAGAGCUCCAUCUGCCUGGUCAGUCCUUGCUUUAAGAGAGACAUUUACCAAAGAGCAAGGAGAUCUUGCAAGAUUCUUGGAAGCUGCCUUGGAGUGCAGAGCAGAGGUUGAAAAGGAACACUCAGCUGGUCCUGCAGCAGGAAGGGGCCCUCUUGCCAAGCAGACAGAGAACAGUGAGCAGAGAACAGUGAGCAACUCUGUCAAAGAACCAUGCAGAAGAUGCUGGGAGUGGACGCAACCAACUCAGCUACAAAGUGCCGCAGACUCAGAAAGAUCUGUUACCAGGAGACCGAGGGGCCCCGAGAGCUUUGCAGCCAAAUCCACAGUCUUUGCUGUCAGUGGCUGAAACCAGAAAAGCACACAAAGGCUCAGAUGCUGGACCUGGUGAUCCUGGAGCAGUUUCUGACCAUCCUGCCCCCGGAGAUGGAGAGCUGGGUGAGAGAAUGCGGAGCAGAGACCAGUUCCCAGGCGGUGGCCCUGGCAGAAGGUUUCCUCCUGAGCCAGGCAGAGGCCAAAAAGCAGGAAGAGCAACAGGGUCAGAAGCCAUCCAAAGUAGAAACUGAUUUCUCUGUGGCAGAGAUGGCUUCUUUGGACCACUUGAGGUCACUGUCCAGGUGGAUCAUGCAAGCAAGUGAAGGAGGUGCCACCAUGCUGGGUGAUGAAGUCACACUGGCUCUUCCGUCCAAGCCUUCUCCUCUUUCUGGGGGAGCAGAGACAGCCUCUGUGCAACUGGACCAGGGUCCGGUGACCUUUGAGGAUGUGGCUGUGUAUUUGAGGAAGGAGGAGUGGGCUCUGCUGAAUCCAGACCAACAGGCUCUGCAUUCAGAAGUCAUGGAGGAGAUCUGUGGGCAUCUGGCCUCUCUGGGUGAUGGAGGGAAGAGUGAGAAAAAGAGUAGGGAAAGGGAAGCAAAAUAUAUGUGGGAGAAGAAAGCUGCUUCUUCUGAAUGCACCGAUGUCCCUGUCCAAACAAAAGAUUCCAAUGGAAAUGGAAGGAAUGAAAACCCUCAAUGUGUGAAAUCCAUAAACCAUAACUCAAGCCUUCACACACAUCAAAUUAUUCAUACAAAUGAUAAAAAAUAUGAAUGCCCAGAAUGCGGAAGGAAAUUCAGCCAUAGGCGAUAUUGUACUUGCCAUCAAAGGAUCCACACAGGGGAGAAACCCUAUCUAUGCUCAGAAUGUGGAAAAAGCUUCCGUUUGAGAAGGCACCUUAUUAAUCAUCAAAGAAUCCACACAGGGGAGAAACCAUAUCAGUGCUUGGUGUGUGGAAAGAAUUUCAGUGACAGGAGAAACCUUAUUUCCCAUCAAAGAAUCCACACAGGGGAUAAACCAUAUCAAUGCUUAGAAUGUGGAAAGAACUUCAGCUACAUCUCACAGCUUACUUCUCAUCAAAGAAUUCACACAGGGGAGAAGCCAUAUCAAUGUUCAAUGUGUGGAAAGAGUUUCCGUCAACAAGUACAACUUACUUCUCAUCAAAGAAUCCACACAGGAGAGAAACCAUAUCAGUGUUCAAUAUGUGGAAAGAGUUUUCAUCAGCAAGGACAACUCACUUCCCAUCAAUGCAUCCAUACAGGGGGAAAACGAUUUAAAUGCUUGGAAUGUGGAAAGAACUUCAGCUACAACUCACAGCUUACAUAUCAUCAAAGAAUCCACACAGGGGAGAAACCAUAUCAAUGUUUAAUGUGUGGAAAGAGUUUCCGUCAGCAAGGACAACUUGCUUCCCAUCAAAAAAUCCACACAGGGGAGAAACCAUAUCAAUGCUUAGAAUGUGGAAAGAAUUUCAGCUACAACUCACAGCUUACUUACCAUCAAAGAAUCCACACAGGGGAGAAACCAUAUCAGUGCCCAAUAUGUGGAAAGAGUUUCUGUCAGCAAGGACAACUUACUUCCCAUCAAAAAAUCCACACAGGGGAGAAACCAUAUCAAUGCUCAGAAUGUGGAAAGAACUUCAGGUACAACUCACAGCUUUCCUACCAUCAAAAAAUACACACACGUGGGAAACCAUAUCAGUGCUUGUUGUGUGGAAAAGGUUUUAGUGACAGGAGAAACCUUACUUCCCAUCAAAGUAUCCACACGGGGGAGAAGCCAUAUCGGUGUUCCGAAUGUGGAAAGAGCUUCCGUUGGAGAAGGGACCUUAUUAAUCAUCAAAGAAUUCACACAGGUGAGAAACCAUAUCAGUGUUCAAUGUGUGGAAAGAGUUUCCAUCAGCAAGGACAACUUACUUCCCAUCAAAAAAUCCACACCGGGGAGAAACCAUAUCAAUGCUCAGAAUGUGGAAAGAACUUCAGCUACAACUCACAGCUUUCCUACCAUCAAAAAAUACACACACGUGAGAAACCAUAUCAGUGCUUGGUAUGUGCAAAAGGUUUUAGUGACAAGAAAAAUCUUAUUUCCCAUCAAAUUAUCCACACGGGGGAGAAGCCAUAUCAGUGUUCAGAAUGUGGAAAGAGCUUUAGGUACAACUCACAGCUUUCCUACCAUCAAAAAAUACACACACAGGAGAAACCAUAUCAGUGUUCAAUGUGUGGAAAGUGUUUCCGUCAGCAAGGACAACUUACUUCCCAUCAAAAAAUCCACACAGGGGAGAAACCAUAUCAAUGCUCAGAAUGUGGAAAGAACUUCAGCUACAACUCACAGCUUUCCUACCAUCAAAGAAUACACACACAGGAGAAACCAUAUCAGUGUUCAAUGUGUGGAAAGAGUUUCCGUCAGCAAGGACAACUUACUUCCCAUCAAAAAAUCCACACAGGGGAGAAACCAUAUCAAUGCUCAGAAUGUGGAAAGAACUUCAGGUACAACUCACAGCUUUCCUACCAUCAAAAAAUACACAUACAGGAGAAACCAUAUCAGUGUUCAACGUGUGGAAAGAGUUUCCGUCAGCAAGGACAACUUACUUCCCAUCAAAAAAUCCACACUGGGGAGAAACCAUAUCAAUGCUCAGAAUGUGGAAAGAACUUCAGGUACAACUCACAGCUUUCCUACCAUCAAAAAAUACACACACGUGAGAAACCAUAUCAGUGCUUGUUAUGUGGAAAAGGUUUUAGUGACAGGAAAAACCUUACUUCCCAUCAAAGUAUCCACACCGGGGAGAAGCCAUAUCCGUGUUCAGAAUGUGGAAAGAGCUUCCGUUGGAGAAGGGACCUUAUUAAUCAUCAAAGAAUCCACACAGGGGAGAAACCAUAUCAGUGUUCAAUGUGUGGAAAGUGUUUCCGUCAGCAAGGACAACUUACUUGUCAUCAAAGAAUCCACACACGGGAGAAACCAUAUCAGUGCUUGGUGUGUGCAAAACGUUUUAGCGACAGGAGAAACCUAACUUCCCAUCAAAGAAUCCACAUGGGGGAGAAACCAUAUCAGUGUUUAGAAUGUGGAAAGAGCUUCAAUCAGAAGGCUAACCUAACUUCCCAUCAACACAUCCACACAGAGGAGAAACCAUAUCAAUGUUCAAUGUGUGGAAAGAAUUUCCGUCAGCAAGGACAACUUACUUCCCAUCAAAGAAUCCACACAGGGAGAAACCAUGUCAAUGUUCAUUGUGUGGGAAUAGCUUCAGCUGCAGCUCAGAGCUAAAGAAAGAUCAAAAAAUCCAUACACAGAAGAGAUAAUAUUGCUCAUAUUGUGGAAAGACCUUCCAUCUGAAAAUAGAACUUAUUUCUUUUCAAAGAAUCCACACGGGAGAAACCAUAUCAGUGUUUGGUGUGUGCAUAGUGCUAGAGCAACAGGAGAAACCUCAUUUCCCAUCAAAGCAUCUGAACAGGGGAGAAAUUAUUUAAAUGCUCAGAAUGUGGAAAGAGCUUCUGUCUGAAAAAAGACCUUACUUGGCAUCAAAAAAUCCAAACGGGGAGAAACCAUAUCAAUGCUCAGAAUGCAGAAGGAACUUUAGCUAGAUGUCACAAGUUGCUUUCAAUCACACAGGAGAAUCUAUAUCUCUGCUUUUUCUGUGGAAAAAGCUUCAGUUGGAAAGGUAGCCUUUCUUGCCAACAAAGCAUCUACUUGGGGUAGAAACCAUAUCAAAGUUUAGUGUGUGUGAAUAGAUUCAGCUGCAGCUCACAGUGUACUUACUGUGAGAAAUCAUAUCAAUACUCAGUUUGUGGGAAAAGUUUCAACCUGAGCUCAAAACUAAAGAUUAAAAAAAUCCACAGACAGUAGUAGGUAACAUGUACUUAGACUGUGGAGAUCCAGUUUCAGAGCCCUCUAAACUAGGAAGCUUGGUAGGUUAGUAUGAACAGAAAAUGGAAUGUACUCAUCCAAAAAACAUGGUUUAAGAUAAGAGUUAAGGUACUUCACAUGUACGUUUUGUGCUCUAAAAAUAAUUCAAAUUGUACAUCAAGUUGCUGUAAAGACUUUGAACAGUCUUGUAUGUUAUCCUGAUUUUAGAAAUGAGGCAUAUUUUGCCUUGGUCUUUUAUAUUGAGAUUGGGUUGAAGAGGAAUGUGCCCAGGCAGAAACUUAAUAGGUUCACUUUCCCUAAUGUCUUGCUAGAGAUAUCCCAAUGAAUUUCUCCCUGUUGCAUCUCCAGAAGGAACAGUGCUUCCCCAAAGUGCCACCUGUAUAGAUGUCCAGCCAGAAAUGCAACAGGACCCUGGUCUAGCCACAGUCACUUUAGUGAGAUAAACCUGAUGGGUUUUGUCUGACACAUCUUUUGAGGGCAUCUUAUCUGCUGACACAUUCCCUCCCCUUAAGGGGGACAGAAUCAGUUUUUCAAUUGGAGAUGAAAAUGUUUGUGAUUGACUCCUGUUCCUUUAUUAGGCUGAGCUCUGAAUGCAUUGGCUGCUUCCCUGGUUGCCUGGUGUUUUCUCCUGUCCUUCCAAUUUUUGUUAGAGAUGUCACCUCAGUUUGUUUUGUUUCUGAGCAUAAAGUAUAUCUCAGUACUGUAUCAAAUGUCAAUGAAUUCCACAAAUCAGUCAGGAAAAUAAAUGGUAAUGGCUAUGUAAUCUUCUCUGUUUACAGGUGCUAUUAAACUUUUCAAGUUUGACAAAA